AUGCAGAGUGACCACGGCCCGAAUACGGCCACAUAUGCUGUGUCGCGCUCACGCGGAAAACAGCCAGGAGAGUCCCUUUACAGUACCAAACUCAGGGAGAGAAGAAUAGCGAAUGGACAAGGAAGAUCUUCCGACGAAUCUGAGUCCGAUGAGGAGCAUGAACCAGGUUGGGUUGGCCGCAAGACCUUUAAUGCUGUGGUACUACACCAAUUGUUCCACCGCAAGGUUAUCCGCCGCUCUGACGGCAUUGUCGUCAAGUCUGGGAAACGUCUGGCCCUCGGCGAGGCCGAGGCAAUGAGAGUGGCCAGGAACGCAGGCAUCCCAGUUCCCCAUGCCCACCAGGCUAAAACUCUUCCCGACGGCAAAAGCGAAAUACACAUGGACUAUAUUCAAGGCGAGUCCCUUGACAAGCUGUGGUCAACCAUGUCGGUAGAGGAGAAGAAAGACAUUUCCCGCCAGCUCCGCGAAAUUUUGGAGCAGAUGCGAUCGAUUUCCCCGCCGAGUGAGCUCAUCGGCGCUUGUGAUGGCACGGAAAUUCGGGAUACUAGAGUUCUCAAAACGUAUCACCACCCCCCUUGUCGCGAUGAAGAAUCGUUUAAUAAUUUCCUACUAUCGAGUCUUGUCAAAACUACACCUGAGAUGAUCCGGGAGGCGUUUUCUCUCCACUUGCGGACCGAUCACCGUGUCGUUCUCUCGCACUGCGAUCUUGCUCCCAGAAAUAUCUUGGUCCAAGACGGCAAAAUUACGGGGCUGGUAGACUGGGAGGACGGUGGGUGGUAUCCGGAGUACUGGGAUUAUGUCAAGUUCUUCCAGCGCCCUGCGAAUUCGGACUGGAAAGAAUACGCAAAAGACAUUUUUCCCAGGCUCUAUCACGAUGAAUUGGUUGCGUACACUGCUAUAUCUAGAUGGCAGGACUCUUAA